GAAACCCGUUCCUGUUUAGGGUUUCAUUGCGCUUCUCCAAUCGCUGCGACGGAGUCUCUGAGAGAAGGUAAAAUGAGGCCUAUUUUCUGUGGGAACUUCGAGUACGAUGCUCGGCAGUCGGAUCUGGAGCGGCUUUUUGGAAGAUAUGGGAAGGUUGAUAGGGUGGACAUGAAGUCUGGAUUAUCUUGGGAUAUCCAUUCUCUUCCAGGCUAAUGGAUGGGCUCUUCAGAAUUCCGUUACAUGCCUGUGACGAGCUUCCUCUUCUUGCUUUCAAGAAGAGUCACUCUGAUCCGCAAUGGCACUACCAUCCCACAUUUUCCACAGAUACCUCUGACUUUCAUUCCUCACGACUUUCGCCCAGCCUUCAAUUUCAGACAUGUUUCAAGUCUGAAACAUUGCCAACCUCACAGCAGAGGCCGCAAACCGAUGGAGAAGGCACAUUCUUUUCACUGACCCACAAUGAGACAUCCACUUUUGGAUUAUUGUUCCUUGACAUCACUUAGUUCAUGCACAAGGAUUUGCCUUCAUUUACAUGGAAGAUGACAGAGAUGCAGAGGAUGCUAUUCGGGGUCUUGAUAGGAGAGAAUUUGGUCGAAAGGGACGAAGGCUUCGUGUAGAAUGGACUAAGCAUGAACGAGGCAUUAGAAGGCCUGGUGGUUCAAGAAGAUCAUCGACUAAUACAAGGCCGUCAAAGACAUUAUUUGUUAUAAAUUUUGAUCCUUAUCACACUAGAACUAAGGAUUUGGAGAGGCACUUUGAUGCAUACGGAAAGAUAGUUAGUGUAAGGAUUAGAAGAAACUUUGCAUUUGUUCAAUACGAAUCACAGGAGGAUGCCACUAAAGCAUUGGAGGCUACAAACAUGAGCAAGUUGAUGGAUAGGGUUAUUUCAGUGGAAUAUGCAGUACGGGAUGAUGAUGAUGAAAGGAGAGAUGGACUAAGCCCUGAUAGAGCUCGUGAUAGAUCACCAGAAAGAGGUCGGGACAGAAGACGUUCUCCAAGUCCCUAUCGAAGAGAGAGAGGUAGCCCUGAUUAUGGUCGUGGCACCAGCCCCAGUGCAUACAGGAGGGAGAGGGGUAGUCCUGAUUAUGGCCGUGGUCGCAGCACAAGCCCCUAUCGGAAAGAUAGGGGAAGCCCUGAUUACGGUCGUGGCCACAGCCCAAAUCCUUAUAGGAGAGACAGAGCUGGCCCUGAGCAUGGUCGUGGCCCCAGCCGUAGUCCUCACCGAAGAGAAAAGGUGAGUGCUGAUCGCGGCCGGGCUCCUAGUCGUAGUCCUUAUGAAAGGGAGAGAGUUAGCCCUGAGAAUGGUCGUGUUGCUAGUGCUAGUCCCUAUAGAAGGAAAAGGGCUAGUCCUGAAAAUGGCCGUGCUCCUAGUCGUAGUCACAGUCCUUUGGAAAGAGAGAGGACUAACCUUGAGAAUGGUCGGGGACUGAGCCCCAAUUCUGUACCUGAACCUAAGGACAGUCCCAGUUAUGGUGGACCCGAAAGCCCAUUGAAUGAGAGGUACCAAAGUCGCUCUCCGCAAGCUGAAGAAUGAUCUUCACCUAGAGAAGUUGGCCUUGUUAAUGUGUCUCGACGGCAAUGAAGAAAGUUAAGAUUGUGUUGUAAUAUGACAUUUUUAAGACGGGAGUUUUCGGUUUUUAAAUGGUACAAUUAAGUAGGCUUUAGUUUUGUAUUAGUAGUGGGUUAUGAGAUACACUUUUGUUUCUACAAAACUUUAUGGAUCUUUUUCUGAACCAAGUUAUUUAUCAGAACUUGUUCUCGUUGUA